AGUACAAUUUGAAGUUAUACCAUAAUAAAAAAUUUAAAUUCCCUUAUAAUACAACUUCAACUUGUACUUUUAACUUUAUGAUAAAUGUUUAAAUUGUACUUUAAAACACUAAUACUUUAAAUGAAUCGAUAUUUGUCGCCCGGGUAUUUAUUAUUUGUCGCCCAUAGUUUUAUAAAAAGUCAAUUUUUCCCUUCAACGAUUUAGAAACCUACCUAAACUGCCCUUCCGGCCGCCGGUAUCGCUGACCUCUCGUUUGUUCUGCAAAUCCCGGCCACAAUUCUCCCUGACCUUCCUUUUUUCCCCCGCAAUUUCCGCGACGAUUCCUUCUCUUUUUUCUUUCGCGACAAUCCCUCCCUCCACCAUCUUCUUCCACUUUCCAAGAUCCCAAUCUCCCCAUUUUUGCGUGGCGGCUGCGGCGAGUGAAUCGCCAUGGGAGCAAGACCUGGCCAGAUCGGAAUGAGAUGGUUGGUUCGACUGCGACAAUCGGACGGAGAUGGGUGGUCCAACGCUAGCAAUCAGACGGUGUAAUGGUCAGGAGUGAACUGUAAAAUGUAUUAGUUUAGGGACUGCUUUGUAAUUGAGCAAGUCAUAUAAAUAGGUAAACCUUGUACUGAAAUCAUUAUCGAAUAACAGAAAUCAGUUUAUCAAUCUUCUUCUUCCUAUAAUCUGCCUUCUCCCUUCUUCUCCUGCUUCUGUUCUCCCUCUUCUUCUCAAUCUCUCUUCCUUCUCCUAUAAUUCUCCUUCUGAUUCUCCAAUUGAGAUCUCCAUUCCAUUCCUUUGAUCGAUUAACUCGCUAAGAAGAUCCAGUUCCGACUCCGACUGUUACAAAUUGGUAUCAGAGCCAACUCUUGGCAAAUGUCAACUAUCAACGCGAGAUUGGAUGGUUGGGAGGCUUUCGAGGCUCGAAUGGACGAGUUCAGCAACCAGCGCAAAACCAUCCUGGCGCGAUUGGCAGCACUCUUCCCCCAGAGUACGGAUUCCCAUCUCACGGCGAUGGACGAGAGGUUGGAGUUGCUCGACCGUGGACUGGGUUAUUGGGAUGGACGAUUUGAUGAACGGCUACUGUUUCUUGCCGCCUUGGAGCACCGGGAGCUGAUGGUGGUUUUCGGCCAACCACCUGUUCGACAAAAUGCCGAGCUGAUGAAAUGCUUGCUACCAACAACCGGAGCUCCCGCACAGGACAAUGUCGUAUCUCAGUUGCGGUCUCUUGCCAUUCACGGUCCUCGACUGUUUCCACCUUCUGGAUCAGCUUUUCCCUUCUUUUCGGGUAAGUGUCCAAGAACCUGGGUUAGGUACUGCGAGGCAUGGUUUAGUGAGAAUCCUAUGGCUGACCAUGAGAAGGUUGUCAUGGCAAAAGCCAAUUUUGGUCUUAGUGCCUGGUUUUGGGGGUGGUCUUAUGGCCGGCUAGUGGUGCUUUGGCGGGAACUGGCUGAAGCAGUAUGCAGCCAUUUUUUUGAUUCCGAUGAAUUUGUAGAGUAUGAUGGUGCUCCUCUUGCUCAUGCGGAAUUAGAAAUGGACGAAGCCGAUGCGUAUGAUGAGUUUGAUGAUUUGUAUCAUGCUGUUAAUAUUGGUGAGGAUUGCCUAUACCUUGAUUUUAUGUCAGUUUCACCACUGGUUUUUCCAAAUCGUUUUUCCUAUUUGGGGUCUUUGGACAAACUGGACAGGAAUGACUAUCCUGUGGGUGAUGGCUACUCGAUGGUUGCUAGAAAUAUUCACUUCCCAGAUGUUGCAGUUGUUAAGAGACGCAUUACCAUUGUUUUCAAUUUAGCGCUUAGAGCCUUAUCUUCUAAUGGAAUUGGGCUGGAGUUUACAGUGGGCAGAUCUGAGGUCCCUGUUGAUUCGGGUCAUUAUAUAGUGUGUGUGGAUUCUUUUGGCAUAGUUCUUCCUCAUGUCAGUGGUAGUAAUCCUGAUUUUUGUGAAGCAUAUAAAGCUGCUUUUCCGAACUCACAACUUACUACUGCAAAUGCUCGGAAUGGAACUAUGGUGGCUCCACCAUUCCCCUUCGUAUUGGCGGAAGAUGGUGAAGAUUUAAGUGCAGCAGACAAUGUAAAACUUGAAGAUCAAAAAGCUGCUUCUUUGCUUGGAAUUGCAGACACCUAUAUUAAGUUGUUUGACCCGGGUGGAGCUGGGUUACCAAGUGAUUUCAUUGCUACUGGAUCACCUCGCAAGCUGUACAUCUCAUGUGAUUUUGAGGUUGACGACAACUACUGUUAUGCCGUGGUAUCUAAGGGCAGGGGUGAUUGUCCCAAUUUUAAAGGACCAUAUAAGGAUAUUCUUGCAAGCCAAGCUGUUCUCAGUGACAGGUUUAGUUGGGUGUCUAUAGAAGCUUUGGAUUUCAAUGGCUGUAGUGGAAGUAAUUUGAGGGUUGGUGAUGCUUUUCUUGGGAUAUUGGCGGUUAAGGGUUCCAGGAUCAGUUCUGAAAAUGAUACAUCAGCCAUUGCUUUGGUUCAAGUUCUUGAUCGGCUAGCCAUUGAUUUCAUUACUUGUCUUGCUGAUGUGGAUGUUGAGUUUGUGGCUGUCAGGCGGGAGUGCUGCCACUCCGGUGUGGGGUAUGGUUUCACUUCUGAAUUGGUAGGGUGCAGUGGGGAACUGGGGCAUCGUAGCUGGACUCAUGGAUAUAAGAUUUUUCCUACCUACUAUGGCGUUAGUGUACAUCACUCGGUGGGUGGCUGUAGUUCUUCCUCGAAGCAGCAGCAAUGACUUGGUUUCCUUGGGACAACCGGCUUUCAACUAUUUCCACUUUCAGCAAGAGUUCCACGAUGUGACAAGGGCAGAUUACAACAAUGCUUCCUAUUGCAGCAGUGAGAUCCCUUCAACCGACAGCAUUUGUGGUGUUGUUGGGGAUUGUUGGAAUAUGGAAAUAUGUUGGUUAGUUUCAGCUUGUCCAAACAACUUGUCAUGAUGCAAUUGUUAUAGCUUAAGUUUCUCUUUGUUGGUCUUAAUUGUUCUUCAGACUUGAGGACAAGUCUGUCCUGAAGAGGUCGGGAUUGUAAUGGUCAGGAGUGAACUGUAAAACGUAUUAGUUUAGGGACUGCUUUGUAAUUGAGCAAGUCAUAUAAAUAGGUAAACCUUGUACUGAAAUCAUUAUCGAAUAACAUAAAUCAGUUUAUCAAUCUUCUUCUUCCUAUACUCUGCCUUCUCCCUUCUUCUCCUGCUUCUGUUCCCCCUCUUCUUCUCAAUCUCUCUUCCUUCUCCUAUAAUUCUCCUUCUGAUUCUCCAAUUGAGAUCUCCAUUCCAUUCCUUUGAUCGAUUAACUCGCUAAGAAGAUCCAGUUCCGACUCCGACUGUUACAGACGAACGAAGACGCUCAGUUCACCGGGCUUCAGACGGGGAUCCCCCGCCGGAGUCGGACCGGAUUCGUUACCUGCGUCGCCUGGUGUUACUCGCCGACGACAUUUCUUUCCCCGAAAAACUAUUGGACUCCUAAUUAAUAUUAAAAUUUUAAAUAUUGUAUUAAAUAAUUAUUAAAUACCAAAAUUUCUCUAAUUAACCCAAAUACAUAUGCAUUUCUCUAAGUAACAUCCACCGGUAACUGUGGAAAAAAUAAUUAAAGAAGACAAGAUAUGGUAAUCAUCCCUAAUUGACAACCGCAAACAAUUCCCUUAGUUGACUUGUAUUCCCUUAAUUAAUACGUCUAAUUCGAUAAACCAUGUUUAAUUUCAUUUACUAAAAAUUGACAUCCGAAAAAAAUUUCUUCAUUAACAUAUUAUAUUCCAUAACUUAUGUUUAAUAUCAAUUCCCUAAUUAACAAUAGGAAAAAAUUCCCUUAAUUAACACGACUGAGCCCAUAAUGGAGAUUUUGUAUUAUUAAUCACAACCCAAAUAAAUCCUUUAAUGAUAUCAUACGUGGGUAUUGGUUCUAAUAAUUAUAAAUUUAAAUAAUUAUUUAUUGAUUUGUACAAUAUUUAUAAGUAUUCAUAAUUUAUUCAUAUAACUAGGGUUUAAUUUUAACCAUGUUCGUAUCCACAUUUCUUUCCCCGGUUACACCUUCUACCCCUCCCAAACCCUAAACCCUUAUUCCAACCAAAUAACUACCUUCAACCUCUAUCCAUCCAAUCCUACUACGACAUUGUCUUAGAGUCGAAAUCGCCUCUUCCUAUACUAACUACAAUAAUUCGCCUCAUCUAAAUACGCAUGGUAGGCCCAAGAAACUGUUUGUUACAACCCCCAGAGCUCCCAAAAACCUCGAUGAAAGUUUUGACAUUAUUCAUAAUUUUUUGGCCCGAACGUCUAAUCGAGAAACAGUCGAUUCCAAUAUGUUCGUAUCCACAGUUUAGUGGAGCGGCGAGGGUUUCAAUAAUUUUUCACAUCAAUAGCUCUAGUAGUAACUGCGAAAAGAUACUUUUGUAGCCAUUUAAUCUAAUUUAAUAAGUAUUUUAUAGUCAUUAUUUCUACACAAUUAAAUGAAUUAUCCAUAAGUAGUAUAAUAUUUUGAUCAUUUAUAAUUAAAUAUCCAUAAUAUUAUACAAUAUUUCUGAUAAAUUAUAAUCACUUUA